AUGGCUCAUCUGGUCGUGGACGGCCUUGCUGCCAGCGAUGGCUCGUGGUCUUUACCAAUUCUCGUCACGGACAUGAAUAUCCAAAGAAAUCUCUAUGUUCGCGGCGAUCUUCACAUUGGUGGCCUUAUGAUGCGUCUAGUUGAUGAAAUCGAUGUUACAAGAGAUUGGUCCGACCAUGCGUUGUGGUGGCCAGAGAAGCGUCGUUGGCUUCAACAUACUCGAUCCACCCUGGAUCAAUGUGGUGUAACAGCUGAUACAAAACUGGAAUUCACGCCAAUGCAUAAGGAUGCUAGAGUCCAACUUCCUGACAACCAGAUCAUAGAAGCUCGACUGGAUUUCUCUGUUAACGCCUUCAAGGCAACGCAAAAGCUUUGCCGUGACUUGGGAAUCAGGCAUUCUGAAGAAUUAGGACUGAAAAGGUACUGCUUUUUGUACCUAAUCACAUUUCUGGUUGGAAGUUGGAGAUGUGCAAUUUUCAGACUGAUUCCGCCUGACAUCCUCCGCAAAGGAACUUACGAAGCUGAAAACUCAUCAGGCCCACAACCUAUACGUCCUGGAGAGGAGUCUGUCGGUCCAAUGACGCUUCGAAAGGCCACUCCAAUCUUCGCCUCUCAAACACAAAUUGAUGGACGCAUGCGCCGCGGACAAUCACCAGCCUUGUCAGAUGGGCCAAUUUUUGCAAUGCUAUGA